UUGUGUGUUAAUACGUCGCAAUCUCUGCACUGCCACUGGCCGUCUUUACUUGAUUAAUAAAUUGUCACAGUCAAAAUAUUACUUGUUGGCAGCAUAAUGAACUUGAAGGGAAAACACCUUAUUCUGUGGUACUAGCAUACUAGCAACAUUUAUUUUAUCCACGAACGUGAACCGAGUUAUUUCAAGCGACAUCGACCAACAUCACCGUACUCUUCCAGCAGUCGAGCUUGCGACUGCGAGUGGAAGUCUGGGCGGCUCGCGUAGGCGUUGCGUGUACUGAAGUCGCGGACAUGUAAAUCACGGGCACUGGUUGGUUUGUGGCAGGCAGUGCAGUGACUUCUCUGUAAGAAGUUGCCUUUUGACAAUGAAUUACUACUUAUUCACAUUGAAUAUUUCUGCGACUGUUUGAUUAACGUAUGGACAACAACAAUGGAUUACCUGGUGGAAAUAUGCCAAUCUUUUUUUAAUCACAGACUUGUUCCAAGUUCAAUGUCUGUGAGGACUGUCUUUUUGACAUUAACAAUGUCAAUAUUUUUGAUAGGUACUCCUUCCGAUUGUAUCUCCUGGAAGUCUUGGUUCAUGGAAGACAGGUUAAGCAGAAGCAUCCACAAUUCUGAUAGCUUUCUCUUCCUAGACUUCAACUGCUCUUCGUUUGAUUUAGAAUGCUCUGCUUGUGAUGCUGGAAGCUUUGCCAAUUUAACAAACAAAGACUGCGCCUGUUGCGACCUCAACGGCGAGUGCGCCCGUAAGAAGCUGUGCGUUGAUUGCAUCGAGGGAGAAUACCAACCCGAACCGGGCCAAAUUGAGUGCCUUCUGUGCCCAAACGGGACCAUAUCGAACACCACAUCGGCGGAACAGUGCAUGCCUUGCGCCAAAGGAACUGUCCAGCCCGUAGAAGGCGAGACGGUGUGUGAGGACUGUGAACCUGGCUAUUUCGCAAACAAGACCGGGUUGUUGAACUGUUAUACCUGCCCUAAUGGGACGUUUUCCAACACCACCGCCAGUCACAACUGCACAAAGUGCCCGCCGGGACAUUUUCAGCCGGAUGGCGGGGCAACGGGGUGUGAGAUUUGCGAGCCAGGAUCAGCAGCAUUAUCUGCUGGAAGUCUGAAAUGUGAAUUUUGCAAAACAGGCUUCUUUUCCAAUAAAUCUGGAAGCACUUACUGUUUUCCAUGUCCCCCAGGAAAAAUUGCAGACGAGCCUGGCUUGGUGAAUUGUACGAACUGUCCCAUUGGUCAUUUUCAACCCUCAGCCGGUGAAUCAGGGUGCAUGGAAUGUAUGCAAGGGGCCUACUGCAACCAUACAGGAUGCUCUGUGUGCGAGGAGUGUCCGGGCGGAAUGGAAGCCAAGCGUACAGGAGCCGACAACUGCACCCUCUGCGACCCAGGUUUCAGUAAGGCCAGUGCCUCCACCUCCCUCUGUGCUCAGUGUGCUGAAGGGUACUACCAGACCAAGCGGGGACAGGCCUCUUGCAACGUAUGCCCCGAAGGAUUCUAUUGCACUUGCUUCUCAUGUGACCCUGUGCCUUGCCCAGUAGAAGCCUCCUGCCCACAAGGGAGCUACGUACCUGCGUACCUGACCUGCCUACCUCUUUUCAAAAAGAAUGAUAAGUCCUGCGUACCCACUAAUGGUUUCUACGCCUUGGUGUCACUCGCUGGAGUUGUAUGUUUAUUGUCCAUCGUCUGCCUGCUGGGUCGGUACCGAGCCAGGCAGAGGUAUUUCUCCAUCAGAGUAGCAGAGUCAGACUCGCUCCUCACCUAUUCCAACGAAUCGCCAAAGGAACCCAUCUACCAAGGAUUCUAGAGGAGUGGAGCUGGGACAUGGAACUGUGUUUAAUAAUAAUAAUAAUAUUGGAUAUCUGCUAGGCAGCCGAUUUCAGCGCUCACAGCAUUCAAGGAAUUCCUUCCUACCGGUACCCAUU